AUGACAGUCUCCUCGACCUCCCACUCCCGCCGGCCGUCGUCCCCCACGCUGUCCACGACGUCAUCAUCCCUCACAAUCGAUAUUAUCGUCGAUGCACUCCUCAAGUCCGACGACGCCGGCCAGACUCUGGACUUUGGACAUCUCGGCCUGACAGACGUCGGCGAAUAUGGUGCAGAGGAGCUUGCCGCACAGGGGAGGGAGAGCUUGGAAGAGGCAUCCACAAUAGCCAGGAUCAACCUGGGGUCGAAUAAGCUGGCAACACUGCCCAUGGCGUUCGCUCUCCUGAGCAACCUGCGCUAUCUGAAUCUGCGGAGCAACUCGUUCAGCGUGUUUCCGGACGUAUUGACAUUAAUGCCUGCGCUGGAGGUACUCGAGAUUGGCCGUAACAAGAUUAAACGCCUACCUUCACAGCCUGGCUCUCUCGUCAAUCUCCGCGUACUGUCUAUCUACAAGAACAAGAUCACGCGCCUACCCAGCUACCUAACGCAGUUCCACAGCCUGGAAGUGCUUCGUUGCGAACAGAACCCCCUCGAGUGGCCUCCUAAGCAAGUCGUCGACGCCGAAGGCAAUACUCCUGACUUUGUUGCCUUUUUGAAGCGAUGGAUGCAAGACCCGCUCAACAAUGAGCGCAAGCGCUCACUCGACGACGUCACCGAAAGCCCCGUCGACGACGACGGCCGUACCCCACACGCCCGCUCUUUCUCGGUCUCCUCGGAUUACACGCCCGGCUCGAUGCCACCCAUCCCGGUCGCUUCCUCUUCGUCCUCUUCGUCAAAGCAUCGACCCCUACACCUCAAGCUGCCGGCAUCUACCACUUCGAGUGCCUCGCCCUCACCAAACCGCUCACCUGACUCUUACCUGCCGACACCUGACGAAUCCGUCUCCUCCACUGACGACGAACUCUACAAAGAGAUAGAGGCUAAUCUCGCGACCGAUGUCCACACACGAACCGCCUCCUACUCCGGCCCUCAGAGCCUUCCAGCACACUCACGACCUCAAACGAAGAAAUCCCUUCCCGACAUGCGCCCUCCCUUACGCCUGCGUAGUCACGACGACCUUGCGAAAUUUCCACCACUGGCCGAGUCGCCCGUGGCAGCCGACUUUGGCGCGUUUUCUCGUCGCGCCAACCGCUCGCUCGAGCAUGUGUCCGGCGCGGGCGGUUUGCCGUCGCCAGUGAGCAACCGCCAGGACUCGGCCGAGUCCGAUUACGUCGGCAUCGCCCGACCGCCCGCUUCUCGCCGCCACCACCCACGCGAGCCUUCUGCCUCCGCAUCUGCCUCUGCCUCAACCUCCGCCAUUUCCGCCUUGUCGUCAGCCAUCUCGCCGACCUCAUAUCCACCAGUGCAACCUGUUGAUGAGCAGCGCAAUCGAUAUUUCCGCCGAUUUAGCGCCCGCGCACCCGCGGCACGACAACGCGCUCUACCCGAACCUCUGCUACAGCUCGUGGAUGCCAUUCGCGGCCUACUAUUCGCGUGUAGUCAGGUACAUCAACAGUUGCAACACUACGCCGAACAUGCCUUGGACGACAGACUCGCGUCCAUCCUCAUCAAGGUUCUCGACCCGGCAGGCGCUUAUAUCCGCAACCUUAUAUCCGCAUUGGACCGGUUUGAUGGACGACCUUCCACGGGCGCUACGGCUCGCAACGUUGUCGAUGCCGCUCGAGAGUGCGCUGCUGCUUGCGGCAAGGCUGUGGGCGUUCUCAGUCUUCAACUGAAGGUGUUGGCAGCGAGCGGCGACGAUCGCUAUACGCGGCAGAUGUUGCUAGGCCUGUACGGCGCGGCCGCAGAGAUUGGUUUAGCCUGGGGUGUGAUUGCACCUGCUUUACCAGCCGUUGAACCGCUCCUGCGCGGAGGCGCGACGGUGUCGUCUGGAUCAACGCCCGUCUCUUCCUCGUCUUCGACAACGCAUGCACACUCUCGCUCACACUCGAAUGGCAUCUCUGAUCUCGCGCCGCCGAGAGCGCCGUUCGCAGGUGGGGAGCGACAUCAUGUGGCGAGGCGACAUGCCGGAUCGUUCAGUUAUAAGGAUGUCGAGAUCGGGCGAGCACUACCGAGCGUGCAAGGGGUACCAGGACUCGCGGGAGGCCUGGCUACCGCUGCCGAUACACCGACUCCACGCGCUGCGUUGCGUUCAGCGGGAUAUUUCUCUCCCCGCUCACAUACGCGUGCGGACUCGGGGGGAAGCAACGCUGGAUAUGCGAUCGGCCCAGGACCUGGAACGCCCGAUACACCUCGGGAUCUGGGCGCACAGGUCGACAGGGACGCCAUCAGUGCCAUGGCGCGCGCCGCUGCUGCUGCACCGCCUAUUUGGGUCGCAGUACAAGCCAUGCUCGACGAGGAUACUUCGUCGACGGAUGAAGCGGGCGAAGCCGACCGCGACGAGUUGCGUGAGCUGCUUAAACGCGCUGAAAGUGCAACGGAGAGAUUGUCGGAGGGCCUUGCUGCACUAGAGGGUGGCUACGGUGGUGGGAGCGGGCGAGGCGGUAUUAGAGAGACGGCGCAUCUGUUCGGCAAGAGCGUCGUUCAGCUAUCCGGCGCUCUUCGGGGGAGGCACGUCAACUCAGCUCUGCGUGCUGACAUGGUCACCCUCACGAAUGCAACGGAAGAGCUCGUCAUUCUACUACAUGUGUCAUCGUUUGCACCGCGAGCGUACACGCCCAGCACGCCGAGUACGCCACAUCACCCAUUCGGUAGAGGUGACGGAGGGAGUGCAAGUGGAGAGGAUACGCCGAGGCUGGGCGCAAGCCUCAGCAGGAGUCGGAGUGCAGCUAUGAGUCAGCAAAACAGGGUUGUGCUGCAUGAGCGGGAGAGGGAGGGACCCAGGAGCGCGUUGCCGAUGCAGGGAUUCCGGGUCAAUGGAGUGCCUCCGCCCAGAGGCAUCGCUGCUGUUUCAUAA